CCACAACAAAGAUCACCUCCACGAGAGACUCCGUUGCCUCCACCCCCACCACCGAAACAACAACAGCAAGAACAAUAACAACAGCAACAACAGCAACAACAACCUCAACUACGACCGCCGCAACAGAAACAACAACCACCUCCGCUUAAGUAAACACAUCGAUCGACCUCCAGCUCCACCGCCCAGAAGUCUUCGACCUCCUCCAAAACCAAUAACAACCAAUCCUCUGCUCACAAAACUGAUUCUCGAACCAACACAUCCAAAGAUGUCGCUCCUCCCAAAACAAGAGAUAAGACCCCUGAGCCCUCAUCCACGACCAAAACUUCUGAGCCCUCUUCCAAAACCAAAACUCCUGAGCCUUCCUCCAAAACCAAAACUCAAGAGAAACCUCCUCUCGACCGACAGUCUUCCCGGAAUCCUUCCGAUGGCUCGACCAAAGCUCUGGUCGAGUCCAGCGGUCAAGGUGAUGCGGGGCGCGAGACGACCCUGGGGAAGCACCCUCGCACUGACCAAGGCGAAGUGGUCUGGAAACGAGGGCGUACUAGCCAUUCUUGGCCUGACCCUCUGGCUCCAAAACCCACAUCCUUAUUGGUUAUAUCACUCAGUAAACGUGAUCUUUUACGAUUGUCUCAAAAGGAUGGACCUCGACAUCGAACUGGCACCCUUGCACACGUCUCUUUUCGAUUUUAAUGGCUUGGAGGUUGUGCCUUUGGGUGAAACCACGCUUGCUGUCGUCUUAGGAGAAGGAGACCUGAGAAAGGUGAAGAUGAUAAGGUUUGUGGUGGUCGAUGUCGAGUCAGCUUAUAAUGUGAUCCUUGGAAGACCAGCACUGAAUACUUUCCAAGCUGUGGUGUCGACUUACCAUAUGAAGUUAAAAUUUCCAAUCGGAGACCGGGUGGGAGAAGCUCGAGGAGAUCAAAAACUAUCCAGGGCGUGUUACCAGAUAGCGGUAAGAAUGAACCAGCGAACGGAGCCAAAAGAAGGAAAAAAGCUGGGAUCAAAUGAAAAAAGGCCGAGGGGAAACGAUCUCGAACCACACGGAGAGCUGAUGGAAAUCCAGAUCGGAGAAGGGGAGGAUCAGACCACUAAGGUCGGGAAAGAAUUGGAGGACGAGUUGAGGGGGCAACUGGUUGAACUGUUGAGGGAAUUUAGAGACGUCUUUGCUUUCUCUCCAGAGGAACUAACAGGAAUCGAUCCAGAAGUCAUGGAACAUAAGCUCAAUGUCGACCCCCUCAAAAAACCCGUCAAGCAACGACUCAGGCACCAUGGGGCUGAGAUAGAUAAAGCAAUCGAGGUCGAGGUAGAUAAGUUGUUAAGGGCCAAGCACGUCAAAGAGAUCCAAUUUCCCGAAUGGAUAUCCAACACUGUAAUGGUGAAGAAAGCAUUGAACAAAUGGCGUAUGUGUAUCGACUUCCGCGACCUAAACUUGGCAUGUCCCAAAGACCAUUACCCCCUGCCAAGGAUUGAUCAGCUAGUCGAUUCCACAGCGGGUUGCGAGCUGCUGAGCAUGAUGGAUGCAUCCCAGGGGUACCACCAAAUCCCGUUGGCCCCCGAGGACCAAAGCAAAGUUAGCUUUGUCACAAGCAAAGGGACGUAUUGUUAUGUCGUUAUGCCCUUUGGGCUUAAAAAUGCGGGAGCAACAUACCAAAGGUUGAUGGAUCGAAUGUUCAGGUCGCAGAUCGGACGCAAUAUGGAGGUGUAUGUGGAAGAUAUCUUGGUGAAAAGUAAGUCCUCGACUUCACACGUAGAAGACCUGAAGGAAACUUUCAAGACGCUGAGAACUUAUGGGAUGAAGUUGAACCCAAACAAAUGUGCCUUCGGAGUGAAGGCAGGACGAUUCCUAGGUUAUAUCGUGACUGAGAAAGGCAUUGAGGUAAAUAAGGACAAGGUGCAAGCCAUACUCGACAUGGCCCCGCCAAAAAAUGUCAGAGAAGUACAGGUCCUAACGGGUCGAAUUGCAGGCCUGAGCCGAUUCAUAGCUCGAGCUGCGGAAAAGAGUUUCCCAUUUUUCAAGUUACUUAAGAAAAAAGCAUUUCAAUGGAAUGAUGAGGCUCAAAUGGCAUUUGAGAAGUUGAAGAAAUUUUUAAGCGAGCUACCGUUGUUGACAAAGCCAGAGCCAGGCGAUGAGCUAAUUCUCUAUAUUUCGGUGGGAAUUUUUUCCCUAAGUUCUGUGUUACUGCGAGAAGCUGAAGGAGCCCAACAACCGAUUUACUAUACAAGUCGAGUACUUCAAGGCGCAGAGACAAGAUAUUCUGAAGUCGAGAAGGCCGCCUUAACGUUGGUAGUCACAGCCAGAAAAUUGAGGCCAUAUUUCUUAAACCAUGUGAUAAUUGUAAGGACGAACUUUCAGCUGGGAGAAACCUUGGGUCGACCCACUGUUUCGGGUCGACUCGUAAAGUGGGCAGUCGAACUCAGUGAAUACUCUAUCAAAUACGAACCACGACGAGCCAUAAAAGCCCAAGCCUUGGCCGACUUCAUCCAAGAAGGAACUAAGGGAGCUAGCAAGAAAUGGGCAAUGCACGUUGAUGGGUCCUCGGCGGCCAGGGGGUCUGGUCAGGGGAUCGUCCUAGUAUCCCCCGAAG